AUGGCUAUCGAUAGCGACCAAUCUUGCCAAUUGUUGGGUCCUGUGUCGCUAUUCAUACAGUCCUUAAUGGGACUUUUAGCCAUCGGUGGUGUCCUGGUCAAACGGCGGUAUGAAAGGCCCAAAAGACGCUGGAAAGUAUGGAGUUUUGACGUUGGGAAGCAGGUUCUAGGAUCUUUGAUCCUGCAUUUCCUUAACGUUGGAAUUAGUAUCUUAAAGCAGCAGGGCGAGACCGUGUUGGCUGUAAUGAGCUUGAAAGGAUACAACGGGGACGACGACGAUCCUGGUGGCGACCAAUGCGAUUGGUACUUUCUGAAUCUACUGAUGGACACUACGGUGGGCACACUGGUGCUUUGGAUGACGCUGCGUGUGCUAGAAAACUUGCUUACGAAAUGGGGAGUGGAAAACAUUGAAAGUGGGAAUUACUACGCGGAGCCCAUGGGGGAGCUGGACCUGGAGGAGGCUUCUGUGGAGAACCCAGAUGGCGGGAACCACAGAAUGGAGCGCUACGAACCGCUCUUUAGCGCGUUUGGCAAACAAUUGAUGAUGUUCGUGUGUGGACUGGCACUGACGAAAAUGUGCGUUUUCCUGAUUUUGACGUAUUUCGAGGUCCUAGCCGUGUGGUUUGCGAAGCUGGCCCUCAGCUGGGCCAACGCAUGGCCCAACUUUCAAGUUUUCCUGGUCAUGUUUGUGUUUCCGGUGCUGCUGAAUUGUUUCCAGUACUUUUGCGUCGACAGCAUCAUCAAACUACAUCCAAAGACCAUGUCCACUAGCGAGCGGGAAAACUUUGAGGAGGACAUUUACAGCUCCCUACCGGGCACGACUUCGGGAAAUAAGAACGGCUACGGUGCAACUCUCUAA